AUGGAAGACAAGGAGAGCACUGAGUCAAGUUCACCAGGUGGGAACUCAGAGUCUGAGUCACCACCGAUGACUAGUGGUGGUGAUAGUGUUGGUGGGGGUGCUGCUGGAGGCGUAGCUGUUAGUUGCGGUGGUGGCGUUGCGUCACAGGUGAUGAAAAUGAGCAUGGAAAGAAGUGUUGCGGUGAUAAACGCAACAGCAGUCACCGUGGGUGGUACUAUGGGUGGCGAAGGAGGAGGUGGGAGUAGUGAGUUAACGAUGGGUAAAAAGAAGAGAGGGAGGCCAAGAAAGUAUGAGUCAGAUGGGAAUCUAAGAUUUCCAUAUGUAGGAUCUCCACCAGGUGGAGUUCUGCCGCCGGCAGGCUUCACUUUGUCACCGACCCCGGCUGGCUCCAAAAAAGGGCGUGGUAGGCCUCCUGCUUCCGGCAACUGGCAAAUUCUUUCUUCUUUAGGUGAAUUGUUCACAACCACAGCAAGAGGGGAUUUUACGCCGCAUGUGAUCACUGUAUAUACCGGAGAGGAUGUUGCAGGGAAGAUCCUUACAUUUGCUCAGAAGGGCUCUCGAGGGAUUUGUGUUCUUUCUGCUAAUGGUUCUGUCUCCAAUGUUACAAUUCGCCAACCCGGUUCUUCUGGUGGUAUCUUGUCAUAUGAGGGGCGCUUUGAGAUUUUAACUUUAACAGGAUCGUUCACAUUUUCUGAAAACGGUGGGAUAAAAAGUAGGACAGGCGGACUAAGCGUUUCUUUGGCUGGCCCAGAUGGUCGUGUUAUGGGUGGGGGGAUUGCGGGCGUGCUAGUGGCUGCUAGUCCAAUACAAGUAAGGUCUUUUCAUCAGACAGUAUGA